AUGUCGGGUUUAGCAUCGCUGGCAGGAUACGGCAGCGAUUCGGACGAAGAUGCCAAUGUUCCAUCCACCUCGACUUUGGUCGCAGCUCGAGUAGCGUCCACUUCGAAGCCAUCCUCUUUGAAGCCAUCCUCUUCAACUUCAGCCUCUUCUUCACGCCCAAACUCGAUCCUCCCACCGCCAAAGUCUGGACUCUCCUCGAAGCUACCGCCACCAUCAACAGGUAAGAGUAAUACCCAACCAAGCGGAAGUGGCCUUUCUCUACCACCGCCUUCGAGCUCAACCAACAAGCGCAAAGUGAUCAAGGUCGACUCCAUUCAAUCUGUUCAGGAUGGCAACGACGAUGAUGAUCAGGGGAACCGUUCAAAGCUGGCUGAGACUAAGAAACCAAAGCUUGGCAGCGCUACAGCAUCGAAGCACUCACUAUUCGGAAUGCUGCCCGCGCCAAAACGCAAAGAUGACGAGAUUCUGGCGGAGAGAAAGAAGGAAGCGGACGCGAGCAAGGCAGCAAAGGCGGUGGAGGAUUCGGAAACACCAGCAUUGACGGAAGCACCACUGAGGAUCAAUGAGCGGGUAGCGCGGAGUGCCUCGCCAGAAGCAGACCAAGGUGCAGCUGAGGCGUCGACUGGCAAAGCGAAGAGCAAGAGCAAUGAUGCCUUCAGGGCUAUGCUUGGAUUGAAACCUGCUGCUAAGCCGGCCAUAAGCAAGUCAUCUACAUCUGCUCAACCGGCAAAAUCAAUAGCAGAGAGCCUUGUCAUCACUCAACCAUCUCAGCAAUCUCAACCUUCUGCACGAGCAGCUCAAACGUCAAUGCAAAAGCAUCCCAACGGCACACCUGCCAGCGGCGAAGCAGCAAUCAAGACCGACUUGGCACCAGUCGAUUUCUUCUCCCUCGGCAGCUCACGAUCAUCCGCAAACGCUCCAUGUUCAUCCACAAAUCCAUCAUUCAGCAUCUCCGCCGCACCAGUCAUCGAUCAACCUAACAUGCAACGCUCAGAGCCACCCUGCACCUCCGCACCUGAAAGCGACGAAUAUCCAGGCUGGCAACUCGACCCGGACGGCUCGUGGCUACCCAUCACACCUGAAGCUCAAGCCCAGUACGCUGCGUACCAACAAUCUCUCCUCCCUCCGCAACCCUCCACGGCUACCAUCUCGAAAGCAGCGUCAAAUCUCGACGGUACGAGGGACCUCCUUGCAGCGGGUCUAACGCCAGAUGACAUCCGAGCGUUCGAUGCUUCUUCCGCUGCCCGCGAGGUCUACAUGUCAAGCAAAGGCGGGGGAGAAGGGGAUAGUGACAAGUACGCUGCUGCGGCAGAAUUUGCAGCGGGUAAUAGAGAGGUAAGGCAGGAGAGGAAGCCAGGCAUGUUGAAAGGUCUGAGGAAGGGUCAGUUGAGUAGUUUGGUGAGUUUGGCGAGUGAGAAUAGAGGCAAGAUGGAGGACAAGUGGCAGAGGGGGAGGGAUGCACAGGCUAGAAGGUCGAACCAGUAUGGAUGGUGA